CAGAGAUCACCAGAGAUUCCGUCAGCCCGAAAGGUGACAAGGAAGAACUUUUAGUGCACUGGAGUUCAUUGAUGAAUUUCAAGGCUGCUGAACUGUCACAGCAGGCUCCAAGACAGCUGUGUCCUGCACCGACAUCUGUGGCUCCCACAGAUCGCCUUCUCUGCGUUUACCCUGCAAGAUUUCUCUGGACUAAACAAACCCAGCCACCGGCCUCACAGGAAGCAGAGACGGCCCAGCAUGAACAACAGCACUGACGAUAACACCCUGUCGGAUGGCAUUGCACUCCUUCAGCUGAUUGUCUACAUCCCAGUGCUCGCUUUGGGGAUCCCACUGAACGCAAUUGCCUUCUGGGUCUUCUGCUGCAAACUCAAGGGGUGGACUGAGACCAAGGUGUACAUGAUCAACCUGAUCGUCGCGGAUAGUUUCCUGCUCUUUACCCUGCCUUUCGUGGCAUAUCUGACCAAGUACAAGCAUCCUGCAGACCGGCUGUGUACUACCAUACACAACAUCUAUUUUACAAAUAUGCCUAUGAGCAUCUUUAUCAUCACCCUGAUUGCAAUUGAUCGAUACAUUGCAAUCAAGUUCCCUCUAAAAGCAAAGGUUUUUCGAUCCCCGCUGAAAUCAGCUUCUAUCUGUGGCUUUCUUUGGAUAACGCUCAUAAUUUAUUGUAAUGUCCAUCCAAAACUUCACAAUAGGGGGGAAAAAUUCUGCUUUCGGAGGGAAUCUCUUGAACCUACUUAUACAUUUUUACUCUCUAGUAUCUUUGGAUAUUUUAUUCCCUUGGGGAUUGUGAUUUUUUGCUCAGUACAAGUCAUCAGAUGCCUCAAAAAGAACAUGGCCACAAGCCCUCAUGAGACAAAGUUAAUCCAGAAGGCCGUGCACAUCGUUUCUGUGAAUUUGUUUGUGUUCAUUGUAUGUUUCUCACCUUUGUUCAUUACAAUGCUCGUGCGGUUCGCAGUGGAGGUUACUGGAGCUUCUUCUCUGGUGUCAGCAGUUAACAUCUCUUUUAAGGUCUCUGGAUGCUUAGCAAAUUGUAACUGCUGUUUGGAUGCAUUUUGCUAUUAUUUUGCAGCCAAGGAAUUUCCAGAAUUUUCUUCUAUGUUCCCCACCUGUAUGAGGUCCAAGACAAAUGAAAACCAAGAGUCACAGCCACCCACAGAUCAAGUCAUGGCAUGAACAAAGUGUAGCACGAGAGAUGUUAAGUGCCACUGCUGCUGAAGUUUUGAGGCAGAGGGAAUGGAACCAUGUGCAAUCAUUGUAGGUAUAGGCCUACCUGAAAAACAGAGCAACCCCCACCAGAGGGUCUGAUAUUAACUUGAAUUUUGCCCUUCUGUCCUCGGCGACUUGACUCCAGCUCUGAUUAUAGUCUUGUAUCAUUGUACCACAGCUUCAGGCACCUCCUGGUGAUUUUGGUUGGCUUCACUGUUGCUCACUUUCAGUGUCUUCUGACUAAUAAACCUCUAAAAUAUUUCCUCCAUGGACUGCAAACCCAUAUUCUGCUCAUUUAAACCUAGACACCAUUAACUUUCUUAGUGACAACUAACAAUUAUUUCCCCUACAGAAGACUAUCACCUUUUUCUUUCUGCAAACCACAGUCUGAAACCUCUGUCCAGGCAUUGUCCAAACAACAUAGGAAAGUACUAUUCCCAUCACAGAAAUUAUCCCCCCUCCAAACUUAGAUCUACCUACUUUGUGUCAAUACUUCGGCAGGUGGCCCAACAGGGUGGAAGCUGCAGUGAGCAACUGUGGCAUAAAAAUGAAUGAAACUACUCUUGUCAUUCAGCUGAUAAUUUAUGUCACAAUUUUCAUCUUUGGCAUAUUAUUUAAUGCUCUGGCAUUACUGGUGUUUCACUGCAAGCAGAGCAAAAGGGCCGUGUGUGUAUGUGACAAAUUUAAUUGUUGCACACUCUUUGGCCCUCAUUCUGCCUUUUAAAGUCACUACUCACUCAUUACCAUUAUACAUAGGAGUAUUAUUAAUGCCAAACCUGUACUGGAGAUUGUGAGAGAAGACUUAGUUACUACAGUAUAAGAACUGCCUCACAACAGGUUAUUUAACCGUGCAGCCCAAAAAUGAGCAAGGAACUUUCUGAUUCUCUGAAGAGGUAUAAAAAUUGGAUAAAAUUUUUUAUCUUGCUUAUAUGUCAAGUUUCUGACAGGUUUCUGACAUCCUCCUUCAGUCCGGACAAAACUUCUGAGUGCUCUAGUAAAUGUAACAGAUGAGUUAUCAGUUCCUGGGCCACAACAAAGAAGUGAGAUCACCCAGUACUGCUGCUGAUAAAACCAAAAAAAUUGUCCAGGUGUGCCCUGAAAACUACCUGAUUAUCACAACUUUCAGUAUGGAUGAGGAACCAGAGAAGUAAAAGAAUUUAAAGGAAUGAAAUCUCACAGCGGCAGCAAGGCAAAGUCAGUCAAAAUAGGACUGGAGUAGAAACCACCAAACACAGUCCCUUUCCUGAGACUGGGGAAGAAGAGGAAGGCUCUGACCAGUGACAGCACUACUAUGCUCAGAUCUGAAAAAAGUGCAGCUUCACAACACAUCUCAAAUAUUAAAUCUUAGGGAACAAAUAGAAAGGCAAAACUAAAGUGGGGAAAUAUUCCCUUUGGGGCACUCUGUGAACAGCAGUGCUCUCUCUACAGGCACUUGGUGGUGCUCUAGACCCUGCCAGCGAGGAAGUGAGAGCACAGCAUGAGUGUCACUUACACUGGGCCACAUGGUGACAGCACUUGCAGUGCUGAGACAGCUUGAGAACUGCAGAGACGGAGCAAAAUACCAAGGGAGCAUCACUGGUCCAUGGCAGGGGUGAUAAAACCUGUGACUGGAUGGAAGGAGGCAGCCUAAGAGUGUGGCUGAUGGGGAGAUGAAGUGAAGAGAAGCAUGGGGAACCUGAUGUGUCCAGCAAUCAGAGACUCGAGAGCCUCACCACAAGAGAUGUAAGUUCUCCACAGGUAACACUUUUUCCUAGUUUUGACCUCUGGUAGCUGGUGUUGAAUUUGUUUUGACAUAUCCUGGUGAACCUGCUGAUCACAGGCAGCUGUUUCAUGACUGGGGCACAGCUUGUCCAUCUGUUGCAACCUCACUGGGCUGAAGGGAGACCCUUGUCCGGUGACCACAGCACAAAGGUGUGGAUGGGAAGCAUUGCACUGAACAGCUUCUUUAGGUUUGAUUAUAACUGCUCAUGGUUUAUACUGCCAGUGAUUGCCUUGACAGAGACAACACUUCACAGAACCACAGAAUAUUCUGAGUUGGAAAGGACCCACACAGGAUCAUUGAGUACAACUCUUAAGUGGAUGGCCCAUAUGGGGAUCUUGAGGAUGAUGCAAAGUUUUCUGUACAGUGGUGAAACUAUCACAACCCAGAAGCUGGAUGACUUUGGAAACUAGAGUACUAUCGAGGACCAUGACAUAAAUGAUGACCUGGGAUCAAGGAGCUCAGUGUACUAAUACAUGUCAGUAACUACUUAUAAGCAUUCACCAAGAAGCAGCCACAAGAAAGUCAACAGAAGUCCCUGGAAGCUCAGAAGUACACUGUACUUGUGAGAAGAACUGGGAAGAACUCUGUACACUGGCAAGGAAUCAUUCUUACAGGUUGGCUUGUGAUGCAGAGACAGACAACGCAGAAAUACUCCUGAAGCUCCUCUAAGAUGACCUGGAGAUUGGGAAGGGGAAAUAUGUUUGCCUAAAACAGAAAUUCAAGGAACUAAUAUCAAGACCUCUAAGCUUAUUAUUACAGCCCUGAUGUGUUCUGGUGAAUGCAAUGGGCCACCAAAGAGCAGUCCCUGGCCAGCAGGCACCUGCAGCCUCAGGGCAGCCACAAAGUCAGCAGGUCAAAGGGUCAUGGUGUCAUGUUUACUCAGAAAACUGCUGGCUGAUGAGAACUAUAGAAGAGUAUUACUGUGAUUCAGAGUGAAAGCCCUUUAUAAUAAUUAAAAACCUACCUGAGAACCACAGCUCCCACCUCUUGACAGCUUUGGGACUGGAACUGUAGCAGUUGCUCU